AUGAAGGUUCUCUCUCUUCUGGCGUUGUUGGCGGCCACUGCGCCUUUGAAACGAGUUGGCGGCUCGUCCGUCCAAAAAGUGGCGAGAAACAGCUCCUUAGCCGAGACUAGUCCGUUCGUCGAGGACCCGGAGGAAGUAUCAAUUACCAUGCGCGCGGGAAGUGAUGAGCCAGAAGAUAGCGGCGACGAGAGGACGGUCGAGUGGCCGAAUUUGGCUCAAAAGGCCGUGUCUAAGCUUGCCAAGCUUGCCAAGCUUUCCAACAUAUUACUUUCACUCGAGACGAAUGAAAUGAAGGCGUUCCGCGAGGUUCAGGUCAAUAAAAAGGCCUUGGAAAUUCUGAAAAGCUCCAAUACGCAAAAAACUUCGAUUGCGGCACCCACAAAAGCGGACGAGGACGGCGUCGUGGAAAUAGCGCUCGCCGGAUUGAAGAAGUUUGGUGAUGUAGAGACAAAGACGACCACCACGACAUUGUCGGAGCAGCAGUUGGACGGCUGGCUAAAGGACGUUGUAUCGCCUGGCGAUUUUCUGACUUCGCUCAGGCUGCAUGAAGGUCAUGUGGGCGCAAAGCUGGAGGCUUUCGAUCAAUUUCUCACUGCUCACAACAAGAAAAAUCCCGGCCACAUCGAUAUACUCGACUUCUUGACGUUGAAACUUGGCGGCGAAGGUGAGUUGGCGUCGGUGUUGGCGAAAGACGCAAACGGCGACGCGACCGUAAAUGCAAAAACUGUGGCGCUAGAGGAGAUGCUGCUUUCGAAAUGGAAAAAUGAAAAGCUGUCCGCGCUAGACAUCGUGGAUCGGCUUAAACUGACCGAAACAAUUGACGAUCUACUAAGCCCAAAGCUAGCGACGUUCCUGAAGCACAUUGCGAGUAUCUCUGGUGACGCAAAGGAUCCGGCGGAUGAAAUUACGCUGCUUCAGAUGUCUACGAAUCGCUUUGGAGAUGAAGCUGUCGCAGUGGCAUUGGUGAGGGCAAGGGACGAUGCUUUCUUGAAGUCACACGUGGAUAAAUUGGAAAUACGACUUGUGGAGAUCUGGCUAGCUGAUGGAAAAUUACCUGAGGACGUUUUCGAUAUGAUGGGGGCACUGGUAUUGGCAAGCAAGAUCGACGUUUUGAAAGAAGACAUAAAGGUCUUGAUAAAUCAGGUUUGGAAGAGGCGGCUAGCCGCUGGCGAACCCAUUGAUCGUGUGUAUAAGUCGCUGGGGAUAGGUAAAAUGGAGUCGAUGGCAUUUUUUGAUCAACAAGUGGAGGUGUUGAAAGAAAUUAUGAAGAUCUACAACAAAAGUAAGUUGACCGAUGUCGAUUUGCUGACGACCAUGACGUCUAUUUGUGGUAGUGAAGAAAAUCUUGCACGGAUCUUAGGAUGGGCUACAGGUUAUGAAUACCGAAGUAAAAAAGCGUUGGAGCUGGAGAACCUGCUGCUUGAAAAAUGGCGAAAUGAAAAGCUGACGCCAGAGGCUGUCAUGCAUCGGCUUGGUAUGACAAGACGGGUUGAUGAAAUGACAGGUCCAAAGCUAGAGAUAUUUGUGAAAUUUAUGGAUAUGCACCAGAAAGAAGAUCCAACGCGUGAGCUGUCGGUCUUGAAGAUAUUUACGACGUAUUUCGGACAUGCAUGUGUGGCGGACGCAGUGGCGAAGGCAAGGGCGGGUCGCUUGCCGGAUGCGUACGAGAAGGUCCUGGAACCACAACAAUUGAAGAUAUGGCUAGCUGAAGUAAGGGCAAGGACGGCCGGCCCAUCAAAUCAGCACGUGAAGGAACUGGAGAAAGAGCUCUUGAGCAGUUGGUAUAGCGCGAACAAGUCAAUCGAGGAGGUGUUUGCGCUACUUGAUAUGAAGAGUCACGUACACAAGGCUUCGAGAGAUCUGAAAUUCAAGUUGCUGAUAAAGUACAUGGAGUCGAAACACAGUUGGUCGUGGCCGUCGAUCUUUGAGGCGCUGGAGAAAUGCUACGAUGACGAUAUCAAUCUCGCGCUCACGCUUGUCGAAGCAUAUCAAAAAGAUACUGACAUACAGGAUUUUGCCUAUGAAUACCUGACGUCUUUGUUCGACCGAUGGUGUAGUGAAAGCGUAAAGCCUGACAGUGAAUUCAUCAAAAGAGUCAAAGAGAGAGAUGCGGUAAACUGGGCCACGCUUGUUGACAUGUACACGGAGUAUUACGAUGAAGAAGCAGCAGAUGUGAUUCACCUGACGACUUCGAGACUCGUGUAA